AUGAGGGCGGAGUCCAGGUGGUUCAGAGGGCAGAGCGCGCAGGGGAAAAUUUCGGGCCCCCGGGAAGGAUACUUCUCCCCGACAUGGGGCAAUGGAGGAACCACGGUAGCUAUUGCUGGAGAGGAUUUCGUCAUGGUUGCCAGUGAUACACGUCUGUCCCGAGGAUUCAACAUUCUCUCGCGUGAACAAGGCAAAGUCUUCAACUUGACUCCCAAGACAAUGUUGGCUUCUACUGGCUGUUGGGCAGAUGUCCUCACUCUCAACAAAGUGUUACAAGCAAGGCUUAUGAUGUACUCUCAUGAACAUCAUGAUACGAUGUCUACAACUGCUGUUGCCCAGUUGCUGUCUACGAUGUUAUACUGGAGAAGGUUCUUCCCCUAUUAUGUAUCCAACAUGCUUGUAGGAUUAGAUGAAAGUGGCAAAGGAGUUGUUUAUCACUAUGAUCCAGUAGGCCAUAUGGAAACUACUUUCAGUGCUGCAGGAGCAUCUGUGUCACUCAUUCAGCCUUUCCUGGACAACCAAGUUGGUGCCUUCAACAUGGAGGGUGUGGAUCCUCCUAAAAUGACCAAGGUAAGGCAUAGUGAAUAAAGAUCUGCACUAGUA